CCCGAUUUUCACUGGUUCAGGAUCUAAAGGGCGCUUUUCGAGUCUCGAAAUGCGGACACGCUUUCAAAACCACGGAUUACUUGUCGCAAAAGAAAUUAGAGCCUUGAAGGGAUUCCCUCUAUACCUCUGCCCUGCUCUUUUUCAAGUCCGGAACACACAUUUUCUCACUCGACCGCGACACCUGAUACCAUGCCCCAGAGCUACUAAACGACGACAAUUCAAUUUAUCAUCUACCAGAAAUCAAUCUAAUGGAGCCCUUUCCCCACACGAUAGGGCAUUCCCAGUGUCCUGCCCAGGUUGUGGAGCGCUCGCGCAUAGCGUAGACCCCGACGGAGCUGGGUUUUAUUCCCCUGGAGGAAGAUCCGUGAAACGGCUCUUCGACCAGAACGCCAAAAGGAGAAAGAUUGAAGAUGAUAUUUUCAAGGCUGCUCUGCGAUCGGCGGACGCAGGGCUUCUUCAGGAGCUGGGUGCGGCAGAUUCCAGUCCGUCAACCAAAGAUGAAGACGCAAAUUUCCAGACUCCCUUCUGCGAUCGCUGCCACAAUCUUAUUCAUCACCACUCCGGCGUGUCCAUAGAUCAUCCGUCCAUUGAGUCAAUUGCGGAUACAAUUGCUGAAACCCCUCACAAGCACAAUCAUGUCUACCAUGUUAUUGAUGCUGCGGAUUUCCCUCUCUCAUUAAUUCCGAAUAUACAUGAGCAUCUCUCAGCAGCACCCCAACGGUCGCAAAACCGACGAUCUAAGGCCGGAAAAUACUAUCAUGGGCGGAAAACCGAAUUAAGUUUUAUAAUUACAAGGUCUGAUUUGCUUGCGCCUAAAAAGGAACAGGUAGAUGCUUUGAUGCCCUAUCUUUUGCAGGUCUUGCGUGACGCUCUUGGUCCUUUUGGUAAAGACGUCCGAUUGGGAAAUGUUCGGUGCGUAAGCUCCAAAAGGGGCUGGUGGACGAAGAACAUUAAAGAGGAUAUUUGGCACCGAGGCGGAGGAGGUUGGCUCGUUGGCAAAGCAAACGUUGGAAAAAGCAACCUUUUCGAGAUGGUAUUUCCCAAGGGCAAGAUGGGUGACAUCAAAUAUGCAUCUCUUCAAAACCAAUCUCAAAAGGGCCACGACAGCGCAGCUGCGAAGCCCGGUGAAUAUGCUCGUGAGAUUUUCGACCAAUUCGGAAAGAGGACGUCAGAACUAUCGGCGUUACCAUCAGAUCCACCUGUGGAGGAGGACUCGCUUCUCCCCCCUGCACAACCAGAGACACCAUUUCCUGUGAUGCCUGUGAUCUCCUCUUUACCAGGUACUACCGCUUCACCAAUUCGUCUCCCAUUUGGAGGCGGCAAAGGAGAAUUAAUCGAUCUUCCUGGGCUCACACGGGAUAGUUUGGACACCUAUGUUUGCGAGGAUCACCAAGCUGACCUGGUCAUGCGGACUCGUAUCAAGCCCGAGCAGCAUGUCAUCAAGCCCGGAAAAUCACUUCUGCUAGGCGGACUUGUCCGCAUCACACCGACAACGCCGGAUGUAAUUGUUAUGGCAUAUCCAUUUGUGCCGCUGCCCACCCAUGUCACAUCCAAUGAAAAAGCAGCUGGCAUACAGGUGCAAGAAAGAGCGUCAGGCGUGCCUGUCAUCACCAAGCCAGGGCUCGGUGGAAUCAUCUCGUCAGCAGGGAAAUAUCCGCUAAAAUGGGAUGUAACAAAACAGCGCUCCGGUCCCCUCACAAAUCGUUCAGCAGUGGGACUGAAGGCGGAACAACUUCCAUACAAGAUCUUCUCCACAGACGUUCUGAUCGAGGGCUGCGGCUGGGUCGAACUGGUUGCACAGGUUCGAAAGAAGAGAUUCGAGGCCCAUGAGGGUUCAGUAAUUUCCAGCCAAUCCUCGACGACCAACACUGUUUCAGAACACGAUUAUUCAUAUCCGGAAGUGGAAAUAUUCAGCCCUGAAGGCAAGCAUAUCGGAUGUAGACCACCAAUGAAUGCGUGGCUUUUGGGAGGCAGGAAGAAAGCGCCAGUAUCUCAAAGGAAAUCCAGACCGAGGCGGAGCAUGAAAGGGGCCAAGAAAGCAAUGAAGCAAGCAGCAAAGCUUGCUUGUUCAUCUUGAAUCAUUUCCGCAAGCUCUUUGCCCUUUGAGUAGACUGCUCCAAGUGUCUAUUUCGAUAUAUUCAGAUUUUCCAUCGAAUUAUCCCGAGUAAACAGAUCUUAAGCGUC